UAAGUUGUGUGAGGAGAGGAUCAGUGAGGGGAGCGCUGCCGGCAGGCAGGAGUCGGGGAGAGAGCGGGUAUCUGCCGAGGGGCAGCAGGGCACACCAUGGCGCUGUCACAGCUCCAAUGCCUGGACAAUAACCAUGUGAACUGGAGGGCCAGCGAGAGCAAAGCCGAGUUCUUCUACAGCGAGGAGCAGAGGCUGGCCCUGGAGGCGCUGCUGGCCCGGGGGACCGACGCUUUCUAUGGGGUCGUCAAGCAGGAGAACAUCAGGGACUUCCUCUCCGAGCUGGAGCUGAGCAGGAUCGCCGGCCGGCUGGAGCCCUUUGACCCCGACUCUGGCCACUGCAGGGCGGCCGGGGAGGAUGGCGAGCUGGAUAGUGGGGAGGAAGAGGAGGAUGGGGGGCAGUCGCUGGAGUACUGGCCCGAAAGAUCGGACUGUUCCAUUCCAGAGCUGGACUUGGGCUGGCCCGAAGCUGUAGCCUAUCGGGGGGUGACCAGGGCCACGGUGUACAUGCAGCCCCCGGUAGAUGGGCAGCCCCAUAUCAAGGAGGUGGUCAGGAAGAUGAUCAACCAGGCGCAGAAGGUAAUUGCUGUCGUCAUGGACCACUUUACGGAUAUAGAUAUUUUUAAGGACCUGCUAGAUGCCGGCUUCAAAAGGAAGGUCUCCGUGUAUAUCAUUCUGGAUGAAACAGACGUCAAGUACUUCCUGCAGAUGUGCGAGAAAGCUCAGAUGCACAAAGGGCACCUUAAGAACCUGAGAAUCCGCAGCGUGGGGGGCUCCGAGUUCUACACGCGCUUUUCCACCAAAUUCAAGGGGUCUUUGGGGCAGAAGUUCAUGUUUGUGGAUGGAGACAAAGCAGUGUGUGGCUCCUACAGUUUCACCUGGUCAGCUGCAAGAAUCGAUCGGAAUAUUAUCACCAUGCUUUCUGGACAAGUGGUAGAAACCUUUGACCGGCAGUUCCAGGAUCUCUACCUCAUCUCUAAGGGAGUCAGUCUCAAGAAUAUUCCAAUGGAAAAUGAACCAGAGCCUGAACCAGUGUUGCAACCAACCUCUGUACCUUCAGGCCCCUCAGAAGCAAUUGCCAAGAAGCUCAUUAAUCCGAAGUAUGCACUGGUCAGAACCAAAAGUGCCAGUGAUACAGGGGCUGAGCUGAAACAAGAAAAAAAUUCAAAAUGCAAUAAUAUUGUCGCUAAACCCAAAGCAAAGCUCAUAGAACAGCCACCCCAUGAGCAACAGAAACACCCAGGCCUACAAAAUAUGGAGAAGGCAAACAUGUUUGACUACCUGCCCACCUGGGUGGAGCCAGAUCCUGAACCAGGAAGUGAUAUUUUGGGAUACAUUAAUAUUAUCGACCCAAACAUUAAGAAUCCUCAGCUUUACCAGAUGAAUAGGAUCAAGAUUUGUGAUACGUCACAAGCCACUGCCCAAUUCCUGCAAGACAAGGAGCAGGAGCUGAAACAGUCUGAAUGCCAGGGAGAAUCUGAGCCGAAUUCUGAGAAGGAAAAGUCUGGAUGUGGCAAUAGUGAAACGACUACAAUGAGAAAAGAGGAGGAACCUUCUGAAACCCUUGUUCAUACAAAUAAAUUGAACCAAGGCAGAGAAGAAGUGGAACACUCUCCUAGCCCGGCCAAGGAUUCUACACAAACCAGUGAAGUCAAGAAGUCUUCUCCAAGCCAGAGCAGUGGUUCCAAAGUAAGUCAGACUAGCCAAGGUGAAGCGUCUAUGCCAAGCCAGACAAAUGUCUCAGCCAGCCAAGAUAAUCAACCAGCUUCAUGUCAGGGCAAGGACAUUGUUUCCAAAAAUCCCAGGCAAGAGGAGGCAUCUAAUGUUAGCAGUAGCAGUGGAGCUACACUUGUACAGGGCAGUCAAGGGGAGCCACCCGUGUCAAGCACAGAGGAAGCAUCAGCACCAUCACCAGCUCCUUGUGGGAACUUGGAGAAAGAGCCUGUAAAAGACACUGUUGAUAAACCACCAGAAACUAGUGGUAAAGACCCUCCACUAGAGAAUUUUGAGUCCCUGCUGAAAAGUCAGCAUCUUGUCAUUCCCAGUAACAAAGAGCCAACAUCAGGACCACCAGUGCCAAAGCCACGGACACUGCCGGUAGUGGACUUUAUAAGCAUGAAAAAUGCACAGAAUGCCAAAGCAGGAAGUACGAGCCCGUGCCUAGCUGAAAGCAUCAUGCCUUCCGUCAAUGGAUUGGACACGGAAAGGACAGAAGACACCACUCAGAAUGAGAAAGCAGAGGAUGACAGUGACGAGGGUUUGCAAUAUUUCUCCAGCGGCUCCGGCUCUCUCCCCCCUUCCAGUAAUUCUUCUAUAUCAGAGGAGUACUACUUGCCCACUCAACUGCAGAGAAGGAACUCAGAGGAUCUUUUCAAUGGGGAAUACUAUCCUGGGCAGAGGAAGAUGAGCGACGGCCACAUAAGCCGAGGAAGCUUCCUUAGUCCUCUCCAGACAAUGAUGGACAUGGGGCAGAUGGAGAACGGAAGAAGGAGGAACCCCGCUUUUGAGCAAGAGCUAAAGAUGGCGAUGGCCAAUAGCCACCCGAUGCAUGGGAAUGAAAUGAUUUAUUCUAUGGAACCUAACCAGGGGUAUCCAUUUGGCAGUAACGGCCCGUCUCCAAGCUACGACAGGUUGCACAUCCAUCAUCAGGCCAAAAACCCAGGGAGAGCCAGAGGCAGGAAAGAAAGCACGGGGGUUCUCCGGGGGUACCCUCAAAUCAGAAAGCCUGAAGGACUGGCGGCACGGCACGGCUUCUGGGGGCCCAAUCACGCGGCCAAUCCUCCCAGUCCUCUAACGGCAAACCCCAUGCCUGUCGAGAACCCGACCACUCCAUUCGGAAUCCCCUUCUCUAAGCUAGCUCAAGCCAAGCAUCUCAAAACCAAAAUGGGAGCUUCUAAUCUGGACUCGAGGCGGAGAGGACACGGGUACCUAGGACACAAGGACCACUGAGUUUAUCCUUGGCACCUCGGCCUCUGGGAUGUCUUCCUUCUGAUUUCCUCUCUCUCCAGUCCGGGUCCGAGUCACAGGUUCAUGUUGCGGACGGCAGAAAUGCGCAGAUGAAUGUAUAUGGAAAUACGCCCAAUACUUGGGUACCGCCAUAUUUAGUUUUUUCUUUUCCGCUCCACUCAUGGAGAAGGACCAAAAAUGUGCUGCUAAGGUUUCCCUCCCUACAGGUGUCUGUCUGUCCCAAUACAAAUGUAUAUACCUAAGUGUAAAUAGGCACUGGGCAGUUUGGGGUAUGUUACAUAAGCUCUGCACCUCGUCCAGUCUCGCUCAAGCUGUUUACUGUCUUACUUGAAACAGGUCAUUUAUAGAAGCUCCGUUGUUCCACCCAUGAAGGCUUCUUACCCAGCUUUGGCUGUAGGUUGAACCUUAUGGAAGUGGGAUGAUGGGAGUGGGAGUUUGUUUUUUCAGGACCUGCAGAUUGCCCACCCCUUGGAUCAUGUGAAUUUUUAGCCCAUUAGGACCCCUUUUGAAAGAGCGGCCUCUACUGGCCCAACAGGGUUCCGUGCACCUUGUGACGAGCUCCAUAGCAGCGGUGCACGUCGGCGCAGCCUCCUUUUCUAGCACUGGGCUGGCGUCAGCCCGACGGUGGGCUUUUUUUCAAUUCGGAGGGGCGGUCUGCAAGUUUCCAGGCUGAUGAUUAAUAUUAUUUUGGUGUUUGUAAAUUUGAACUUUUUUUUUUUUACUGUUAAUAUUUAUGAGAUUGUAUAAAAUGUGCAACCUGGAACUGUACAGUGAAUAAUGUACUGUAUGUGAGUAAUUGGUGUUAUGGGGAAGCUACAGUACACGUUUUACAGUAUUUUGCAGGGCAUCAGUAUAUUACAUUUAGAUAGAUAGUGUGCCCUUCCUUUGGUUUGUUUUUUUUAUUUCAGAUUCAUUGAAUUCCAGUGGCUGUGUGAUCUCUAGGAUCUCUGGCACAGGGAUUAACAGUCGCCUACCUAUGGGGGCCAGCAACAGCGAGCUUGGCACAGUCAGCCAUGUUUCUGCACCUUGUACCCUGCCCUGCUACUAAAUGGUGCAGAUCUGGGUGCUCCUUUUGGAACACUGACCCCAACAGGGCCCUGUAGAGCAGGUAUGGGGACAGGGCUGCAGUGACAAUGAGCACUAAGGAGCCUACUAAAGCGCCCCUAUUGCUCUUCUGCCUGGGAUUUCUGUAUAUGAUCUAUUUUACAUUUUGCCCUGGGUGGCUUAAAUGUCAUAUCUAGGCAAGAUGACAGUUUGCUGCCGUUACCCUAGUUUAAGGCUACAGCCAUGCAGGGCUGGUUCUCGGCCUGUGGAUAAACACAAGUCAAGAAUCGGCCCCCCCUGCACCCAGAGCCACUAUGUUGGGCACAUGGAGUGGAUUUUGGCUCUGAAAUGCCUGCCUCGUGUGCCUGCACCUAGGCCAACGCUAUAGCUCCGGGGCCAGGCUUGUGGAAAGGCCGUUUGGAGCGUAGGUUCUGAGAACAUGGCUGUAGCCUAAAGGGUUAUAAUACCAAUUGAUCCACUAUGAAUGUAAAUCUGCCCCAGGGUACUGCAUUCUGUAUACACCUCCUGUGCAAACUACUGCCCUUUGCUUUCAGCCAUUUUGGACCCAGAGCUCCUCCCUGCAUUGUGCGCCAGUAGAUGUACAGGCAGGAAGUCUGAUGUGGGUUGAAAAACGCUUCCCCUCCCUUACAAUUGUGGUCAUACCCUACAUAUCUCCUUAAAAAAAAAAAAAAAAAA